AUGUCUUCGCCUCUUCAACGCAACAACUUCCUCUGCCUACCCGAUGGUCCUAAGUCGCCCCAACGCACCGCCUCUAUGGCAGCAGGAGCCGCGGUCAUGGGAGGUACUGGGAGUCCGGGAAAGUAUCACACUGAAUUCCCUGCUCGACAGCGCAAGCGCUUACAAGUGGGCACUACCAACUUGACCAAGUCGGUGGAGCUCAAUAGUCUCCCCAGUCCUGCUGUACUUGCAGUAAACACAUCCGAUCGAAUUGCAGAGACUAAGAUUGCAGCGAUGAAAUCGACAGUAGACUCACCACAACAUCACAGCGCAGCACACCGCCAAUCGACUGACUCAGGCAAGAUCACACCCCUCGUCCUGCGGACUGAGACUCGACGAUUGAGAGCAUUGAGCCCAGCCAACAGCAGUAGAAGCACUGACGAAAAUCGAGACGUCAGCGAGAAGAUAUCGCUGGCUCAAAACCGUGCUAAGCUGUACGACGUAUUCAUGGAGAAGUACGGCUCGGUGCGUGCAGUCUUCCGAGCGUUCGAUAACGACGGCAAUGGCAUGAUUUCAGCCCAACGCUUCCAUGAUAUGGUGGAGGCUGCAGAGGUGGACCUGACACCCAAUGAGACUCGUGCGCUUUACCGAACAGCAGACGUCAACGGCGACAACACUGUGGCUUUUCAAGAGUUUGUCCAAAUGUUUUCACCUAAUGUCGACCCCAGCUCGUCAAUGGCCAUUAAGUAUCACACUCCGUUGGAGUUGUCGCCACGUUCGCGAAGGCGUAUGACGCAGCUUCGCAAGCAAGUGACUGACGCGCUUCAUCGAAAACACGGACUGGCCAUGGGUGUGCGUGGUGGCAGACCGGAGCAGCUUCUCGCGUACGCUUUCAAAAAUGUCGAUUCGGAUAAUGAUGGACUUCUGUCCUACAGCCAGGUGGAACACGCUUUGGGAUCUGGGUACUUGCAGUUGGAAGAUACGAUUGUUGUGAGUGAAAUGCGUGAAAUGCUGCAGCUAAUGGACCAGAACGGCGACGAGCAGAUCAGUCUACGGGAGUUUGUUCGAUAUUUUGCUGCCGGAGAGCGUGACGUAGCCACAGAUAUGAUCGACAAUGGACGCAAGAAGGAGCUCGCAGCUUUACACGUCAAGCGUACGGUGGAUCUUACGCCUCAUUCCAGUCCAGGAGCAUGUCUUCCAGAGCAGCUAAGUAAGCGAACUGCUGCGAUCAUCAAUGCUGAUAACAACGUAACAUCUUCUGCUCGCACGUCAAAAGGCGGUAAUAGCAAAACCUCGCUGUCAUCGUCACACUCAUCUCUUCAACUCGAGAUUGAUCGUCGGCCAGCAACGUCGAGUGCGACUGGGAGUCCUAUUGUGGCUGUAUUGACACCAGUUUCUUGUGAUCGCUUUUAUCAUCGACGUCGUGAGCGCACUGAUUGGACUCGUGUUGGUGUGGGAGGAAAUGGAACCGGCACCGACACAGGGAUGUAUAUGUCUUCGAAAGAUCGCUUUUCAACUACAAGUAGUGGAGCUUAUAGUCCACUUUAUCGUGCGCCGCCGUCUGCCAAGAACUGCGACGUGAAUGACUCAUUCCUCAUUAUGAGAGAUGGCAAAUCCACCGCUACAAUUGAAGAAGAUGCUCGCCGUGCACGACGCACGACACGAUACGAGCGAACGCAAGUUCUACUGCAAGGCUUUGAGGAAGCACAAGCUCAAGAUGAACGACUGAAGGACUGGAAGACGCGUGCAAGCAUACGCAAAGUCGCCGGUGAAAGGUUUGACUAUCUCGACAGACUGCAAGAACGGGAACAUCGUGUAGCUUCGCGUGAAGACUGCAUGCUGCGUCGCAAUGGAGGGGCUAGCUUUUUGAGAAUGUGGGCAGGAAGUGCCGAGUCACAGUUUAACAACCACCAACACGCCAGCUCCUAG